CCAGCUGCGCGCGUUGGUCGCAGGAAGGCGCCGGUGACUUUACUCCUCCAUGCCCGACUUGGGCAUCUUAGCCCCUCCCGUGGGAGAAAGAUGCCAGGGGCCUGAGUGACUCCGGCAGCUCCUUGCGGCGGUUCUGUUGACGAACUAAUUACGUAAUUAUUUUUCGGUCCAAGAAGCAGCCUCACAUUCUAGGUGUGAUGCUGGCUGGGCAAGGCACUUCUCUGCGCCUCAUUUCUCUUAUUGAGAAAGCCAGUAGUGCUGAAAGGAAUUGAUCUUGGGACAUGUACUACCAAAUGGACAGUGGAUUACAUCAGCCAAGUGGGAGGAACUAAAGAAGUGAAAAUUCAUGUGUCUUCAGUUCCACAGAUGGACUUCAUCAAUGCAUUGUAGGAUUGGACUGUGCUUACUGUGCCUUCAGAUGUUUUCCUGGCCUGGCAACAGGGGAGAAAACCGAACUUUGCCUUUUGACAAGUUUAUACACAGGGCAGCAGAAAACAAGCACACGGAGUUCUUUAUUUCAGAGGAUGAGAAGUACUACUUGAGAUCACUUGGUGAAGAUCCUAGAAAGGAUAUUGCAGAUAUCAGAAAACAAUUUCCUUUAUUAGAAGGAGAUAUCAAGAUUCCAGAAUUCUUUGAAAAGGAACAGUUCUUUUCUAGUGUCUUUCGUAUUAGUUCACCAGGAUUACAGCUUUGGACUCACUAUGACGUUAUGGAUAAUUUCUUAAUCCAAGUGACAGGAAAAAAACGUGUUGUGUUGUUCAGUCCUCGAGAUGCCCAGUAUUUGUAUUUAUCGGGUACUAAAUCAGAGGUGCUGAAUCUGGAUAACCCAGAUCUGAAUAAAUAUCCACUAUUUUUCAAAGCCAGGAGGUUCGAAUGUGUCCUUGAAGCAGGAGAUGUAUUGUUCAUUCCUGCUUUAUGGUUCCAUAAUGUGAUUUCAGAAGAGUUUGGAGUAGGAGUGAAUGUUUUUUGGAAGCACCUUUCUUCUGAGUGCUAUGAUAAGACAGACACCUAUGGAAACAAAGAUCCUAUAGCAGCCUCAAGAGCUAUACAGAUUUUGGACAGAGCCUUAAAAACACUUGAUGAACUACCAGAGGAGUAUAGGGAUUUUUAUGCACGACGAAUGGUCUUACGAAUUCAAGACAAAGCUUUUAGCUCUAACUAUGAAUAGAUAGUGCACUAAAAUAAACUGCUUAGAAAAUUCACAUACAUUGUACAGAAAAAUUAAAUAAAAAUUAUUUUUAAAAUUUG